AUGCACUUCGAUGGUCAUGAUGUAUUCUCCGUAGCGGUGUUUCAUCAGCUUCAUUGCUUAAACCAUCUCCUGAAGGAAUUCAACAACUGCUCGAGAGCAGUAACGUCACACCUCGUCAUGCACAAGCCUGAAACGGAGACACUACAGAACGUCGGUCACUGCUUCGAUUAUCUGCGAUCCUCGUUGAUGUGCUGCGGGGACACUGCAUUUGAGGGUCAGACGCGUGAUACGAAUAAGCCCGGAACUCUAGGGGAGAGUUCUCUACACAUGUGUAACGGCUACGAGAAGAUAAGAUCAUGGGCACAAUCACAUCGCGUAUCUAUUCAAGAUGGUUUUGGAAAUGAGCGAGUAAAAGAAGCGACAGAAGCACUACACGCACAGGCACACAAAAUAUCAGCUAGAAAAGAGUUCUCUGAUAAUCAAAUGUAG